AUGACAACUUUUCACAAGACUCAUGCUCUUCUCUUUCAUAUAUUUGUGUUAUCUUUGCUUCCAUUGAAAAUCACAGCAUCACCAAGAACAGAAGCUGAAGCCCUUGUCAAAUGGAAGAACACUCUAUCAACUCCUCUUCCUCCUUCUCUCAACUCAUGGUCACUCACCAACCUUGGCAACCUUUGCAACUGGGAUUCUGUUGUUUGUGACAACACUUCUACAACAGUCUCAGAGAUAAACUUCCUUGGUGCCAAUCUCACUGGGACACUCAAUGACUUGGAUUUUGCUUCCCUCCCCAACCUCACACACCUCAACCUCAAUGGUAACAGUUUUGGUGGAUCAAUACCAUCAACAAUUGGCAACCUCUCCAAGCUCACUUUCUUGGACUUUGGUAACAACUUAUUUGAAGACACAAUACCUUCUGAGAUAGGCCAGUUAAGGGAACUUCAGUAUAUUAGUUUUUACAUCAACGAUCUCAAUGGCACCAUUCCUUAUCAGCUCACCAAUCUCCCCAAGGUAUGGUACCUGAAUCUUGGAUUCAACUCCUUUAUAUCUCCUCCUGACUGGUCCCAAUAUUCAUCCAUGCUUUCCUUAACUUACCUUGGUUUGGAUCUCAAUGAAUUCACUGCUGAAUUCCCAAGUUUCAUACUGGGGUGCAAAAACUUGACAUACCUUGACCUCUCUCAGAAUAAUUUAAAAGGCACAAUACCAGAAUCCAUGUAUAGCAACUUGGGCAAGCUAGAAUACCUCAACCUCACCAACUGUGGGCUAGAAGGGAAACUAUCAUCAAACUUGUCAUUGCUCUCUAAUCUCAAAGAACUUCGUUUAGGUAAUAACAAGUUUUCUGGUCCUAUUCCCACAGACAUAGGAUUGAUAUCUGGUCUUCAAUUUAUUGAAUUGAAUAACAUUUCAGCCCAUGGGGAAAUUCCUUCCUCCUUAGGCCAACUCAAAGAGCUACAAUAUCUUGAUCUCCGUGAUAAUUUUUUGAACUCUACAAUCCCUUCUGAGCUUGGCCUAUGCACAAAUCUAACCUUCCUGAGUUUAGCAACAAAUAAUCUGACUGGUUCCUUGCCUUUGUCAUUAGCUAAUCUUGUCAAACUGUCACAGUUGGGACUAUCAGAAAAUUCUUUUUCUGGUCAAAUUUCUGCUUCACUGAUCUCUAACUGGACUGAGUUAACCUCUCUGCAACUCCAAUAUAAUAAAUUAACAGGAAAGAUUCCUCCACAGAUUGGCCUGUUGAAAAAAAUUGGACUCCUCUUUCUUUACAAGAAUCUGUUCUCUGGUCCCAUUCCUGAAGAGGUUGGAAACCUGAAGGAAAUGACAGAAUUAGACCUUUCAGGAAACCACUUAUCUGGUCCAAUUCCACCAACCAUUUGGAAUCUGACAAACAUUAUAGUCAUGAAUCUUUUCUUCAAUAAGCUCUCUGGAACCAUUCCCAUGGAUAUUGGAAACUUAACCUCACUGCAAAUUUUUGAUGUCAAUGACAAUAAUUUGGAUGGAGAGUUGCCAGUGACCGUUGCUCAACUAACCACUUUAACAUUUUUUUCUGUGUUCACCAAUAACUUCUCAGGAAGCAUUCCCAGAGAUUUUGGGAAGAAUAGUCCUUCUUUGACUCAUGUCUACCUUUCAAACAACAGCUUCUCAGGAGAACUGCCUCCUGACUUGUGCAGUGGUCUCAUGCUAACUGCUUUGGCAGUCAAUAACAACAGCUUUUCAGGAUCAUUGCCAAAGUCAUUGAGAAAUUGUUCAUCCCUAAUUAGAGUUAGGCUUGAUGAAAACCAGUUCACUGGAAACAUCACAGAAGCAUUUGGGGUUUACACAAAUCUUGUUUUUAUCUCACUCAGUGGAAAUCAACUUGUUGGUGAGCUCUCCCCUCAGUGGGGUGAAUCUGUCAACUUGACUGAGAUAGAAAUGAGUGGAAACAAACUUUCUGGAAAAAUUCCAUCUGAGCUAAGUAAGUUGAGUCAAUUACAAUAUCUAAACCUUCAUUCCAAUGAAUUCACUGGCAAUAUCCCACCUGAAAUUGGAAAUCUAAGCCUGCUCUACAUGUUCAACUUGAGCAGGAACUCUUUGUCAGGAGAAAUCCCUGAGAGUAUUGGCAAAUUGGCUCAGCUUAAUUCCCUUGAUUUAUCAGAUAACAAUUUCAGUGGAAGCAUUCCUAAAGAGCUAAGUAACUGUAAUCGCUUACUGAGCCUGAACUUAAGCCAUAACAAUUUGUCUGGGGAGAUACCAUAUGAACUUGGAAAUCUGUUCUCACUCCAAUACUUGUUGGACCUCAGCAGCAACUCUCUUUCAGGGGAAAUUCCUCAAAACCUUGGAAAGCUCACAUCAUUGGAGAUUCUCAAUGUCUCACACAACAAUCUAUCAGGGACAAUACCACAGUCCUUUUCAAGUAUGCUCAGCCUUCAAUCUAUUGAUUUUUCUUACAACCACUUGACUGGUUUAAUCCCAAAAGGUGGAAUUUUCCAGACAGCAACUGCCAAAGCUUAUGUUGGGAACUCAGGUUUGUGUGGUGAGGUAGAAGGAUUAAAUUGCACCAAUGUAUUUUCCCCAGACAAAUCCGGAGGGGUUAACAAAAAGGUUCUUCUUGGUUUCAUUUUACCAGUGGGGUUACUAUUUAUUUUGAUGAUUGGUGUUGGAAUCCUACUAUACCGAAGGCAAGCAAAACACCUUGAUGAAGAGUCCAAAAGCAUUGAAAAUAAUUAUCAGUCUAUUUGCAUGUUAUGGGGAAGAGAUGGACAAUGCACUUUUUCUGAACUUGUUAAGGCCACCAAUGACUUCAAUGAAAAUUACUGCAUUGGAAAAGGAGGAUUUGGAAGUGUUUAUAGAGCAGACUUACCUACAGGUCAAAUUGUUGCUGUUAAAAGGCUCAAUAUAUCAGACUCUAAUGACAUUCCAGCAGUGAACCGCCAGAGUUUUCUGAAUGAGAUAAAAACGCUUACAGGAGUGAGGCACCGCAAUAUAAUAAAGCUUUAUGGUUUCUGUUCUAGGGGGAGACAAAUGUUCUUGGUUUAUGAAUAUAUAGAUAGAGGAAGUUUGGGGAAAGUAUUGUAUGGAGAGAAAGGAAAAUUGGAUCUAAACUGGGAAACAAGGUUGAAAAUUGUGCAGGGAAUAGCGCAUGCAAUUUCCUACCUGCACAGUGACUGUUCCCCACCAGUUGUGCACAGAGAUGUAACAUUGAAUAACAUACUACUUGACUCAGACUUUGAACCCCAUCUUGCAGAUUUUGGCACAGCAAAGUUGCUUAUCUCUAACACUUCAACCUGGACCUCAGUUGCUGGUUCCUAUGGCUACAUGGCUCCAGAGCUAGCACAAACCAUGAGGGUCACUGACAAAUGUGAUGUCUAUAGUUUUGGAGUGGUGGUAUUAGAGAUAAUGAUGGGAAACCACCCUGGAGAACUCUUGGCUACCUUGUCUUCAAACAAGUUUUUGUCAUCAUUGGAGGAUCCACAAGUGUUUCUGAAGGAUGUGCUAGACCAACGGCUUCCAUCUCCAAGUGGCCAAAUAGCAGAAGCAGUAAUUUUCACAGUGACCACAGCUUUGGCUUGCACGCGUGUGGCUCCAGAGUCUAGACCCAUGAUGCGUUCAGUUGCACAAGAACUAUCAGCUACUACACAGGCUUGUCUUUCUGAGCCAUUUGGCAUGAUAACCAUAAGCAAGCUUACAGGGUUCCAGAAAUAG